CAGUCCUUUUCCUCCCCCAGUCCUUUUCCUCCCCCAGUCCUUUUCCUCCUGCAGUCCUUACCCUCCCAAUCUCGCUCGUCCGCAGAAGAUCUCGCUCGAAACCUGUUUCUCGAACCACCCUUCUCAACUGGUCCUAACUGGUCAGGUCACGAGAGAUUAGCAGAUUAGCAGAUUAGCCGAUUAGCCGCUUUGAAUUCUGACAUCUCGCCGAUCUAGUCGAUUGACCUGGAAUUAAUCCAGUCCGUCAGUUCAUGUGACGCGUUAGAACGGCGUCGGGUUACCAGUCGCGCAACUGAACCUAAGCGCGUCGAUCCCACUGAACCCAAGUUGCCGCUGUCAAGCCAGCCGCGAUGUUGCCGCUGUCGCUUCUGAAGACAGCGCAGGGCCAUCCCAUGCUGGUGGAGCUGAAGAACGGAGAGACGUACAACGGUCACUUGGUCAGCUGUGACACGUGGAUGAACAUCCACCUGCGGGAGGUCAUCUGCACGUCCAAGGACGGCGAUCGUUUCUGGCGCAUGCCGCAGUGUUAUGUGCGCGGGAACACCAUUAAGUACCUGCGAGUACCAGAUGAGGUGAUUGACAAAGUACAAGAAGAGGUCAUCAGAAGACAAGAUCGCAGGCCGAUACAGCAGGGCAGGGGGAGAGGCGGCAGAGGGCGGAUGGACGAGGGGGGAGGGGGGAGAGGAGGGCGGGGGAGAGGGUGGGACGAUGGGGGGCGGGGAGGAGGGAGAGGAGGGAGAGGAGGUGGAAGAGGAGGAGGACCAGGAGGAAGAGGCAGGGGAUGAUUGGCCAUCUGGAUGUGUGCAAGAGCUCAAAGCUUGCUCCCUGAGUGUAUCAUGGUCACAAUUAGAUUGCCUAGGCCCAUUUGUUACAUCUAUAACCGAGAAAACCUCGAUUGGCCAUUUAUGGAGCCAACUUGUGAGCAAAUCAGAAUUACCCAUACCAACAUUGUGAAUAUGGGGGCUUGAGAUUGCUGUUUCGGAAGUACCCAUAACAACAUUGG